UUUCAGGGUUGGUUAAAAACUUACGGCUACUUACUUCCAUCUGACAGCCAAAUGUCUGCCUUGCAGUCGGGGAAAGCUGUGCAGUCUGCAGUGGCCACUAUGCAACAGUUUUAUGGGAUCCCAGUAACAGGAGUUUUGGACCAGACAACUAUUGAGUGGAUGAAGAAGCCUCGAUGUGGAGUUCCGGAUCAUCCCCACCUACGCCACAGCCGGAGGAAAAAGCGGUAUGCCCUAACUGGACAAAAGUGGAGGCAGAAGCAUAUAACCUACAGUGUACACAACUAUACCCCCAAGGUUGGAGAGAUUGAUACAAGGAGAGCCAUUCGCCAGGCAUUUGACGUUUGGCAGAGAGUGACACCACUUACCUUUGAAGAGGUCCCUUACCACGAAAUUAAAAAUGACAGAAAGGAGGCAGAUAUUAUGAUAUUCUUUGCUUCUGGUUUCCAUGGAGACAGUUCUCCGUUUGAUGGAGAAGGUGGAUUCCUAGCUCAUGCUUACUUUCCUGGACCAGGAAUAGGAGGAGAUACUCACUUCGAUUCAGAUGAGCCAUGGACCCUGGGAAAUUCUAAUCAUGAUGGGAAUGAUCUCUUUCUGGUCGCAGUCCAUGAGCUGGGACAUGCGCUGGGUCUGGAACACUCCAAUGAUCCCAGUGCUAUCAUGGCUCCUUUCUACCAGUACAUGGAAACACACAACUUCAAACUGCCCCAGGAUGACCUCCAAGGAAUUCAGAAAAUCUAUGGUCCUCCUAUUGAGCCCCUGGAGCCAACCAGGCCUUUACCGACUCUUCCUGUUCGCAGAAUUCACUCCACUUCGGAAAGAAAACAUGAGAGACAGCCAAGACCUCCUAGUCCUCCUCUGGGUGAUAGGCCAUCUCCUCCUGGCACGAAACCUAACAUCUGUGAUGGCAACUUUAACACCGUGGCUCUCUUUAGAGGAGAAAUGUUUGUUUUCAAGGAUCGCUGGUUCUGGCGUCUGCGCAACAACCGAGUGCAGGAGGGAUAUCCCAUGCAAAUUGAGCAGUUCUGGAAAGGUCUCCCUGCAAAGAUUGAUGCGGCCUAUGAGCGGUCUGAUGGAAAAUUCGUUUUCUUCAAAGGAGAUAAAUACUGGGUUUUUAAAGAAGUGACAGCAGAGCCAGGCUACCCACACAGUCUGGUGGAGCUGGGGAGCUGUCUGCCCCGAGAAGGCAUUGACACAGCUCUGCGUUGGGAGCCAGUGGGCAAAACCUACUUCUUCAAAGGCGACAGGUAUUGGAGGUACAACGAGGACAAGAGAGCAACGGACCCAGGAUACCCAAAGCCCAUCACCGUGUGGAGAGGAAUCCCUCAGGCUCCACAGGGAGCCUUUAUCAGCAAAGAAGGCUUUUAUACCUACUUUUACAAAGGGAAGGAGUAUUGGAAGUUCGAUAACCAGAGGCUGAGUGUGGAGCCAGGCUACCCCAGGUCAAUCCUCAAAGACUGGAUGGGCUGUAACCAGAAGGAUGUUGAACGAAGCAAAGACAGACGCCUCCCCCACGACGAUGUGGAUAUUAUGGUGACAAUAAACGAUGUGCCUAGCACUGUAAAUGCAAUCGCAGUUGUGAUCCCUUGCAUUUUGUCUCUAUGUAUCCUUGUCUUGGUAUACACGAUCUUCCAGUUUAAAAACAAAGAGGUGCAGCAAAAUGUUGUGUAUUACAAAAGACCUGUUCAGGAAUGGGUAUGACACAGCCUUCUGCACAUUUCAACUCAUUGAUCUGAUGAGGACUAUGGACAAAAAAAAAAAAGAAAAAAAAAUGC